AAACAUUUUUCCGCCUUUCAAUGAUCUAUCAAGAGAAAAAUGGACUUUUUGGGCUUCUACUUUAACUUCAUUGCUAUAAAGUAUCACCAAUGUCUACUAAAGAGAUGAACGAACUCAAAGAAAGAGAAAAAAUGUAGCUACGCGUCGACAAGAACCAGUGCACGAGUUUCUUUGCUUCGCUUGCCGUUGCUAUCCAUGAAGGCAGCUGGCUGUGAAUGGGCUCUUUUGAGCCCGGAAGGGACUUAUCAUAAGCUUUCCGAACCGAAUUUUUUUGUAGGGCGAGAAGAUGAGAUGGACUUAACAUUAAAGGUAGGGUUAAGAUGGAUGUCUUUUGCAAUAAUUGGCUCUAGAAUUUAAUGUGAUAAAAUCGCUGCUGACGCGAUACCUGCAGCGUUUUACAAUCGAAUCUCGAAGCAAUAUUGAGCUUAUAGUUUUGUGAUAUACUUGUGAAAUUUCCUUUUUCUUCCUACAUGGAAAUAUACUGUAGCCAAUUUUGCUCUAACAUGGAAAAUUCUUGUAGGUGUGCUCUCACCAAAAACAGGUGAUUUUAAUACUUAGCUCCUGCUUAAAUUCAGCCAAACCUUUUCAUCGUCAAUGAACAGAAUUUCAAAUUCCUAUAGAAAUCACAACGACGUUGUUAAAGAAGAAAAUUUUCCGAAAUAUCACAGUAAAGUGUUGGGAAUUUUUAUCCUCACCCUAAAAUAGACAAGAUACGGAUAGUGUAAUUCUGAAAGGCCUUUCUUGUUUGCCCUCUAUGGAAAUAUGGAAAACAUGAUUCUGGCAGUUCGUUUUUUACACAAUAGUUCUCUUCCGAGUUGCUCCUGUAUUAAAAAAUCAGUAAGAUAUACAAAUCCUAAUGAAUUCAUUUUAUCUGUAUAUACAGUCAAGGAGUGUGGAUAAACAACAUGCAGUGAUCUCAGUCAAUUUGGAGAAUGCUGAAUACAAAUUGCAUGAUCUUGGAACCUUGAAUGGUGUAAGUAUGUCAAUUCCAUGGAAUGCUAUAGAAGAUCCACUAAAAUUAGAGGUUCUAGAGAGCUGCGUACUAUCCUAUUCCCUACCAUGUGCAAUUCUAUUACUAAAGCCGCAGAUUGGUAUCAAUUUGCAAGAUGCACAGGGCACCCAGACAGCUUCUGUGUGUAGCAGUUCGUCACCAAAACAUUACCAUAACAACACCAUGUUCUCCCCCCCGCCCCCACCUCCAAAUUUUGCCAGGGUGCAAAGAAAGUCGGUUUCCGGCUUGUCAUUCGCUCAAGUUGUUGCUAGUGCAGCGUAUAUGUACUAGCCCGAUAGUCUUCAACGUAGCCCCCCCAAAAUUUUGAUGAGCAGCAUUGAUUACAGUUCUUCUGUAAUUUGAAUUUCCCAAAAAACAUCAAUUGCCCUUUGGGCAAGUCAAGACCAGGAUUCACUGGCCCGAUUGCAAAAUCCACCAGCCCUGGGUUAUCAGACACAACUUUCUUUGCACGCUGUUUGCAUAACCUUUGUUUCCAAUUUUGUCUGGGCAUUGCAUGUACAGCCAUCCCUAGAAAAAUUGUAGUCAUAAAGCUUAAAGCUUAUACAGAAUUUGAAGUAAACAAGGUAUGUUAUGGAUGAUACAAAUGUGAUGAUAAAAUGCUUCAUUUUUUCCCCGCAUAGUGUAACGUGGAGGACUAAGUUACAAUAUCAUGCUUGGGAUUUUAAUAGACAUUUUCUUUCGUAUUCUAUUCGUUGUUGCUGUAGUAUUGUUAUGUUUUUUUUUUUUUCAGACAUUUGUGAACGAAAUGAGAAUUAGCCAGCAGCCAGUGGACUUAAAACUAAAGGACAAUAUCCGAUUUGGAUAUGAUAUCCUUUAAAAAAUUGCAGUUAAUUUAGAUCUUUUAUUUCUUUUAAUAGCAAGGUAAAACCGUAAUUAAAUGUCUCCAGAUUGAUUGAAUGACAAUCCUGUAUUCAAGCAAAUUCUUGUAUAUUCUCUAUUUUCUUCUCAUAUGUUGAAACGUUCCCAUCCCUGGCCCACACCAGACCUUAGUAAUUACCAUAUAAGUUGCUAAGGUUUAUGGAAUGAUAGUAGUCAGUGAUAUUGUUACUACAAUCAUGUGGCGAGAGAUACAAUUCACUGUGACUUUGAAGAUGACUACGUGUACUAUACAGGGUGUUGAAACGUCAGCACUGUCAAUAUCAGUUCAUUCAGGACUACACCAAACCAGACAAUCAUAUUCCACAUACUUACGACAUGUCUUCUGGGCUCAAACCAUUCACUGAAUUAUGUAGAUUUUAUUAUAAAAUUUUAAUCAUUAUGCCAGGCAAUCUUCUGACAGGACCACAAAAAUUUGCCUUUCAUUAUAUAAUAUAUUUUAUUUUUUACUUUGGGAUGUCUACUGACUGCAGUAUAUUCACGAUUCUCAAUUGAAAAUGUAGUGUUUAAUAAUUUUUAAAGAAAAUGCUGAUUAUAUAAUUUUCCCCCUUAAAAUUGUAUGCUUCAAGGCAUUACAUAAAUCUCUUCCACUAACAUUUUGAUAAAUUACAAAUGCAAUCAUUUAAAUAUGCAGGAGAAAAGAUGGGAGAAAAAUAUAUUUUCUCCUCAGUGAAUACUUUACCUUGAAUCUGGCUAUUUUCAGUUGUGUUAAUGUGAAAUGCUGAAAGGACUGCCUUAGAAAAAGAGAACUUUUAGACUGAAAUGUUUGCUUUCCAAUGUUGCUGUGAAAAACAAAAUAUUAAAAUGGCUGUCACUUUUGGAUAAAGCAUAAAAUAAAUAUUAGCAGGUGGAGAAUGUGAUUGGUUUUUGUGGGUGUCUGGAAUAAUAGCAAAAUUAGACCCAACAAAAAAUUAUAUGCAAAUUUCAGUCUUGAGUUCUGGCUGUAUUCGUUGCUUUAAUGGAGCUUUGUGAAUAGAUGAAUCCUUUGAAUUUCCGUCUAGAAAAUAAUCAAGACAUUUUUGUGUUGAAGUAUGAAGACUGCAAAUAAUGCAGCAGACAUUUGAAGAGGGGAAAAUCUACUAUGUGUGUUUCUCAGACACCAUUUCCAGAAAUACUUUUAAUUAUGAUCACAACAUGUACAUCUGCCCUCAGUCUUGUGGCGCCAUGUUAUGCCCAGGCUGUUUCCAGCCAGAGCUUCAUCUUCAACACCAGGUACAAAUUUUUUCUCAUUUGUAUAGCUGAUAGUUUCAUUGUCAUUUUCACCUACAUGCAUACUCCUGUUCUGUAGUUUUUGUGAAGGAACGAUAUAUGUAUAUAUAAAGCUUGACAUUUCUUUUCAUUGAAAAGAUUUUUGUCAAAAUGAAUAAACAUAUGUUAAGCAGUUGAAGAAAAAAUUAUUUCUGGGUGUUUGCUUGCAAAAAAUUUUUAAAGUUUAAAGUUGGUUCAACUUGUCCUUAAGUAAGAUGUUUUAUUGUUAAAAAAGUAAUGUUUUUAUUUUGAUUUUUAACUGAACUUAAUAUUUUUAUGGUAAUUUUUUAUUAGUAAAGUACUACAUGUGUCAGGUUAUCAUUUACACAUUCACAUGUGCUUAGCAAAUGACUGUUUGCAACAUUGAUUUAAAAGCAAAUAUCAAAAUUUAUCUUUCUUCACACAAAUUAAACUGAAUAUAUAAAAUAAUCUUUUUUUCCUCUUUUUUUUUGCCUUACUCAAUUGAUUUGAAUCAUGUCCUUAGCACAAAGCCUGAGGUUUGGAAAUGGUUGAAAAACUACAAUUGCACAUGCAAAUUUUCUGGUACUAACAAAAUAUAUUUAAGCCUUUGAAGUAAAAUAAAAAUGGAACAAAUUAACAAUGUUAGCUUGCUAACAGCAGUACUUCUUGAGUCAGUUAUAGAGUAGAAUAUUAUUUUGUUGGAAAUCCAUAUGCAUAUUGACCAAGCAUUACAUGUAUGUCAAGGUGAUUGAAUAUUCAUUAAGGUCCAUAAAAAUGCAAAAAGGAUAAGGCCAAUAUCCAUGAUCUCUUCUAUGUUAGUACUAAAAUGUUCUUAAAAAAUGUCAGUAGUAUUACAAAAUAUUAUUUUUGAAUUUUUAGUAAAGUUCAUUGAUAAUUUUUAUUAUUAUUGUAUUGAAAUAUACAGCAAGUGACUUCCUUUUUUUUUAAUUUGGGUUUUUAUUUUUUACAGUGUUUUUAAGAAUACAUGAAUUUUUUGGUUUCGAAACAGCUGCAGAGCAUUGUGGGAUUUGUUGACACAUGUGUAAGGCCCAGGCCCCCCCAGACAGGUGGUAUUUUGAUUACAUAGCAGGUGCCUCUAGUGUAAUAACAGCAUGCAUGACUGGUGACAGAAUCAAAGUAAAGCCACAGUAUUUAAAUUCAGACUAAAACAAGAAGUCAACUCCUUUAUGAUCGUCUAUAAGGCCAAGAAUUCGUUUGACAUAAUCUAUUAUGAUGUCUAGGUUUAAUAUUCAUUGUGCAGUAGAAGCCUAUAACCCUGGUUGGGCCAGUGAUCAAAGUAAAUGAUUCAGAAAUUGUUAAUUAACAUAAGAAAAGAUUAAAUCUCUUUGUUUGCUCCUCAAGCAGUGGAUGUCAUCUACUCAUGUGGCUUUGUCACAGUUCUAGGAUUUUAGCCAUGGUGUUACUUUUUCUCUUUAAAAUAAGGUUUGGUGAUUGGUAGACAUUUUACUUUGGCUUUCAUUUUGUUGAGGUUUUUUCCAAACAAAGCAGUCAUUUUUAUUUCCUGUUAAAUUUCCUUUCAACUUAUAUUCAAAUUUAUUUUAAGGGAUCAGCUGACAUGUAAAUUUCAUGUAUUUGACACUUGAUUUUUUUUGUCUUAAAAAUCUCUCAAAAAUUGCCUUUCUUUUUUAAUCCAAAGUUUUAAAAAAAGGUUUAUAUUUCAUUGGAACUGGGGUGUUUAUUUUUAUUUGGUUUGACCAUAAGCUUUUUCCUUUCUGAUCACAGUUCCCUAAAUUGUAUUAAAUUAUAAUGAGUCAACUACCAGACUGCACUUGUCAUGUAGCUGAAGACUGAUCAUCACAAAAGAAUCGAUACUUUGAAAUUGAAAUCAGAAAUUUUUCCUUGGUGCAAUCAGUUGCCAAGGGAAAUUUGAAACCCAUGAGUUGAGUCUUGGAUGUGAUGUUGUUUUUCUGUGUGAGAGUAUCAUGUGAAGAGAAGAUCCUUUAUGGCCCUAAAUGGAUUUCAAUUGAAGAAUCAAGCACACUCUGUGAUGUCCUACGCUGUGCUACAGGAAACAAAUACUUGUCAAGAAAACUUAAAGUUGUUGUGGCAAGUGAGAAGUCUUUGAAGGAUUUGUCCUUUGUCAAACUCUGCCUUCCAGUGCUAAUUUUGGAUAAAAGUGACAAGAAGAUUGUUAGCUUCCUGUUGAAGCCCAAAGAUGCUGUCAUCACAGUAAGAUUAUUUUAAUUUUUUGUGUGAUGCUUGUAUGGAUUUGCAGUGUAUGGCAUAACUAACACCUCAUCCAUACAAGGAUUCAUUAAAACGAUAGUCUUUACAGUUCUAUGGUUCAAUAAAGUUUUUUCAACAAUAUAUCCUGUACAUUGCUCACUGGCAACUGCCUGAUAUAGAAGUACUUGCACAGUGAUUCGUAUGGCCCUCCAAGUCUUUGUAUGGAUAUUAGUAAAGCAGGAAAUAUAUAAUAUUCUUUGUCAAGAGAUAUAAAAAAGUAGCUUGUUUGCUGGUGCAUUUACGAAAUGGAAGAUUUGAUGUUCAAUGCCAUUAUGAAUUUACAUGUUUCAUUUACUCUAACACAAUAUAUACAAAUACACAUAUUAGUUAGGUUUAAAAUUCAAAAUAGGCUGUAUAUAUUUUUGUGUUUUCUUUGUAUCAGUAAUCCAUCUGGCCUCAUGUAGAAGCCAAGCUGGAAAAUUAUUGUGGUUUAUUGUUGUUAUAUUGACAUAACUUUUCAAGAAUUUUAUUUUUCUUGUGCGCUUUUGUAAAAGGAUUGUUUUAUUUACAGCAGUUCAUUCAUGAUAUGAGCUCACUGAAGUGGUACAGCUGUGUUAAAGAUCAAUGGACCAUGUAAUCUAAUAGUCAAAUAGCUUCCAUUUUAGAUUCUAAGAUCACAGAAUGGCUUAAACUAAAAAUAAAACAAGUUUCCUGGUGAUAAGGUGCACUUAAAUAAAUUUGUUUGCGGACUAUUCACCGCAGUGCAUCUUUAUAUACAUUUUGAUUGCUGUUUUUCAUUUUCUUGGACAGUUUUGGCCAAGAAAAUAGAAUGCUGUGAAGAGGUUAUAUACCAUAUAAUUUGUUUCUUACUUCAUAAAAUUUAGCAUUUCAAGGUUACUCUUUGGUAGUUUUUAUCAAGUUUUUUUCUGAGCCAUGUAAUAUUUUGACAGAUCUAAACAAUACAUAUUUUUUAUUUUUGUUUGUGUCUGUCUAUAUUAUAGUUAUGUGUUUACAGGGGAGAUUUUUGUAAAAAUAUUUAUGUGCAAAGAUAGACUCAGCUCUCAGUAUACUUUUUGAAAUCAGGUAAACUACUGCAACCUUCCUUCUUGAAGGUAUCAUGCAUAAUGCUUUUUUGUAACAUACUUAUUGCAUGCCAUUUAGUUUCAAGGGUUGGUAGUUAAAACUAAACAUAGACAAGAAUUUCAUUUGAGUAUAUAGUAUUGUCGUGGAAUUUUUCUUUUUGGCAAAGAAUAUUAAACUUUUUUAUGAGCAGCUUUGAAUAUAAAAUUCCUUUAUCUUCCUUAACUGUCCAAACACUUAAAUACUUUUCGAGUGGAGCUUUUGCCUCAGAGAAAAAGGCAAUUGGUUUUUGAUGAUAAUAAUAACCAAGAAAGACAACAAUUUAAUGGAAACAAUGAUCAUUCAUUGGGAACUGCUUGGGAGUCUUCUUACAGAAGCCAGGUUUACUGUUACAUUAUUGUGUUAUUCCUUCAUUCUAUCCAUAGUCCUAUCAUAAGUAAGGUUUGCUUGCUUUCAUUCGUAAGCUGAGCUUUUAUCCUGGAAAUGGCAAUUUGGUAUUUUUAGUUUAGGGAAAACAGAUCAUGUAUGUUUCUGGGAAACUACCCACCUACCCCUCUCCUAAGUCAACAUUAACACUUACUUCUCACUUGGGGCAAAAUGUUGGCUUAGGGGAGGGGUAGGUGGGUGGUUUCCCAGAAACGUAUAAUGAUCCAAGACUACCAUGUGGAAAGGGUGGAAUGCUCUUCCAAAAAAAUUGGAGCUAAAGUUGAGCUCCUGUAGGGGAUCAAUCUUGAUCUGGUUGUGGCUAAAGUUAAAAAGGACCUUUCAAAGCUACAGAUGCCAUUCUAAAACAGACAGCAAGUGCUGUACGAAAUAUCAUAAAUAAUGAUUUAAAACUGCAGCAAAGACAUUGACAUUGUACAGUUGUAUGUCAUAUCUGAUUGGUCCAUACAACUAAUUUACAAAGUCCCAUUGCAUUUUUAAUUCUGUAACAUACAGCCCUCAGCAAUGCCUGCAUUGAUUCUGUACGAUACCAAAUUUUCAGUUUUUCUUAUGUCAGAAUCUACCUCCACGGCACAUUGCUUUACAAACUUAGGCUGAUCAGGAGACAGGGCUUGCUAGGGAAGGGAGGGUGGGGUACAUUACAUGUAUUUCUUCUAGAACUACACUCAGAAAGAAAAUGUUUCAUAUUGAAAAUUUAGAGGAAUUGUGUUUAGUUCUAGAGGUGUUAUUCGUAGUUGAUAAUAAUAUUGCUUUUGUCUUACCAUUUCUCCAAUUUCAGCCAGCUGCACCUGAAAGAAAACUUUCCAUCCAGUCAUCUGCUCACUUAACCAAUUCAGAUGAAGAUGAGAGCCGUACAGGAUCUCCUGAUCAGGGAAUGCAUAACAUGUACCAUGUGAGUCAGGCAAAUACAGUGUUCUAUAUUGUUCACCGUGCAGUUCUCUUCCCUGCCUAGAGAGACCAACAUAAUGAAAGAUAUUUGAUUUGUUUGUUUGUUUGUUUGUUUUGAAAACAACACAGCGUGUUUUACCAGCUAUUUCAAGAUGUUCCAACAGAGUUACAGGUUCUAAAGAGUAGAGGCAUCAGAAAGGACAUCAGAAGUAAAAACCGCUCCACCUUUCCUUUUGCUUCUCCUUUUAAUUUCACACCCAAUUCCUACUCUCUUCUCUCCAUCUCACUUUCUGUCCCCCUCCCCCAUCUACCCAUUUCCCUCUAAGACACUGGUUGGUGGUCCCUCUGGGUUGAAAAAAAAGCUGUUACCUGCCACAAGCAACACCCAUCUAUUUGUGGGUUUUCAAAGACCAUGCAUAUCCCUUUUAAUUGAGUUUCAAUAGAGUACUAAAGUGAUGACGUCAUAAAAAUGAAAUUUCUGAAAUUAUGGGAUUUGUCAGGAUAUUCUGAAAGAACAAUGUCCAAGAGGCAUACUUACCAAAAAUGAGCAUCUCGGGGCAAAUUGUCUCUGAGAUGUUAGCCGGUUAUACUCAGAAAACUCCAAACAAACCCUUCUAAUUUUUUGGGAGGUCGACCCAAAAUCCCAUGAUAUCAGAAAUUUCAUUUUCAUAAUGUCACACUUUAGUACUCUAUUGCAUGAGCCUCAUAAACAAGUCAGUUUACAACACCGAGCUAAGAUUAGUCUACUGUCAUACCCUGCUUUACUGGCACCCGCUUAAUACGGACACGUCAUUAUUAUGGACAGUAUUCCUUGUCCCUGGGGAAAGGAAGCCCUCACAUUUUCUCUCAAUUGAACCGGCUUAAUACAGACAGUUUCUAUGGCCCACUCAGUAUCUGUAUUAAUGGGGUGUAACUGUAUUUAUUUUUAAAUUAUUUGUCCAAAGACUUCACCACUUACAUGAACAGAGAAAGCCUCUAAUUUCCCAUUUUCAUUGUUCCUUUCUGCAUGACAAUGUGUCUUAUAGUAAACUAGUCUUUGAAAAUGCAUUGACUAAGGCUUAGUAAAGGGUUUCCUUGGUUCAACUUGAUGACCUCCUGUUCUGUGAUUUGGUGCUGAUAGAAUGAUUGUGUUAACCUUGUUUUCAAUAUCUUUUUGCUUUUUUCCUAGGGGGUACACUCACCCCACACUCAGUUCCACCCCUACCCCCAUUACCCCUACAUGGCACCAAUGUACCACCACCAUCCCCCGGUGAUGUGUCAUUGUCCCUCCUGCACUGGACACAGAUCACCUGUCCACUCACCCCACGGGGGAACACCCAGUAACUUUGUUCAUCAUCAGAUGGCACCUCAUCCAAGCUGGAGUCAUGCUUCACCGACAGCAUUUCAAGUCAGGUUAGUUACACUAGUGACACCCUCUAGUUACCCUAGUGAAACCCCCCAGUUACACUAGCGACAAACCCAGUUACCCCACUGACACUCCCCAGUUACACUAGCAACAAUCCCAGUUACACUAGUGACACCCCCAAGUUACACUAGCGAAACCCCCCAGUUACACUAGUGACACCCUCUAGUUACCGCUCGCUCUACUAUGGGAACUUCUCGUAGUCUUGAUCAUAGAUGACCUACUGAAUGAUUAUUUUUCUUUUAGAUCAAGGCUUCAAAGGCCCAUGUCUGGUAAGUCGCUUAGUACAGCUGUACUUGAUGUACAACGUGGAGGGUUUUUCAACUACGGUCAUUCCUCUGACCAGUUGAUAAUCCAAUGAACCAAUCAGAAACGGAGGCGAGAAAAUGUAGCCGCCGCCAAAAAGCGCGAGAAAACGUCUGCGCUGAGGAACGCUUAAGGAACGCUAAGGAACGCUCUGAUUGGUGGAGCGAAAGUACGUCACACGCAAAAAAAGCUGAACCUUUUACAAAGGGGACCAAAAAAUUUAACUCCUGUGAUUUAGUUGUGAUUGGAUUUGCUUACUAAGCGCCUGAUAUUUUUUCACAGAGUAUUCUUCCUUAUUUCUUAACGUGCAAUAAAUUUUAUCGGUCGGUAAUAAUUUUUUUUCUUUCUUUGUACACAGUUCCCGGCGAGAAAUUCGAAAUGAUAGUGAAAGGAAGCCCCCUUUACGGUCAACCACCAUGGUGGGGUUGGGGCUCAUCCGAUGACGAGAUUUACAAUUAUCCCAACACUGCUUCCAUUCUCGAGGCCGAUACUCAGGCAGGACAAAACGUUGUGGCGUUGAAGAAAAAAAAAUUAACAAAGAAAGACGCGCUUGAAAUGGCGCAAAGACGCCAUAGCAUAGCGACGACUUCGGUGUUAUCGGAAUCUAAAGAGAGAAUUGUGGCUACGAGAACAUCUAAAACGACUUAUGAGUCUCCAGAGCAAAGCAAGGCGAUGAAAGAGCGCGAAGAGUAUGUACUUUUUCAGAAAAAAUCUUCAUUACCCUAUCCGGAAUAUAGCGAUCAGUUGUCCCCAGUGUUUGAAAACUCUACUAGUCGAGACUGGGAACUGCCUGACUCCCAAAGCGAAAAGUCUAGUCUCCGUGAAUGCGAUUCAUCUCAAGAAAAUUCUCCGGACGAUUGCAUCGAAGGACAUUCUAGACCGGGAUCAUCAUACGAGAUUCCUAUUAUACCUGACUAUGAAGAGAUUCCAGAACGACCUGUUAGUCAGAAAAGCGACAAGGAGAAAUUGAGAUCGCAAGAAGAUGUACGGAAAAGUGCUGCGGGGAAGCAGGACGGGGCGGCAAGAAAGAAAGUUACUAGUAAAGUCAAGAAGAGAAUCCUUUCUGCUGACGCUCCGACAAAGAAUGGAAAAACAUCAUCGGGUAAUUGAAUAUUUUUUUUAGGUAAAAAAUAAUAGAAAGUCUGAUGUCCAGUUAAGACAAACAGAAUUCAAGAAAACGGCCGGUCGAGAGGCGGCUUUCGUUUGUAUCGUCCCCUGAUGUACAUGGCCUCGGUUGACAUAGCCUGUGAGCAAGCUCUCCCGCGGGGGCGCUCUGACGGCGGGGCAAGAACCCCAGGAGGGCUUGCUCGCAGGCUACGGUUGACUGGGUAGCCCGGUCUUGUCGUCAUUUGAUAAGUACAGGAGUCCAUGAACGAUCGUUACAGUUGAUGACAAAAAUAUUAGUGGUUUCACUGAACGUUCCAAGGGCAUAACUGAGUUCCGUUACCUUUAUUUUCAGCUUCUAGAAGAAACUCAAGUGACACAAGCGAGUCCGAAUAUGAACCCUCUUCUCACCCCUCACGGCGUUUGGGCGUAGUCACCAGAGGUUAUCCCUCUUCUGGUAGAGUGUUUGGUCUGACCGAAGUCAGCCUGCAGAGGGAAGGCGAUGGAGGAAGUAGAGAGGUAAGUUGCUUUUAAAAUCCUGAUUUAAUCACAUAACUUUUCUGAGAUUUUCUGAGAUACUGGUCGGUCAGUAGAGUAGUCGGUCCCAUCCCUACAGCACUUUCUUUGUUCGAUGUUUUUCUUUUCAGAGUCUUUCACCAGCUCCUCUGCCUAAUUGGGUACAACAGUGGACGAAGGACAGCAAUAAUCCAGGUUAGUUAUCUUAAUAGUGGAACUUCACGAUCGUUUGACUUGCGUGCAAUUUCCGUACUACUAGUCUGCCAGUCAAAUUUAAGUGAUCUAAAUUUAAGUGAUCAUAAAUUCUCUACACCUUCAAUAACGGUCAUUGUCAUCAACACAACAACAAAGUGAUGCAGCUUUAACAAUCAAGAGAAUAAAGGACAAAGAAAAAUUUUUGCACUGAAAAGGAGUUCAUAAAACAUCAAGUCGUGCUUGCGCGAACAUGUCUCUUUACAACAGACCUGCACAGUUAUGUCCCUCGUCACACAUUAAUUGUAUCACUAAUAGGGUUUUUAAAACCACCUUUUAACUUCUCCAAUCUUUGAUGUUUGCCGGUAAAUUGUUUCCUAAAUUGCACCAAGUUUCUUGAUUAACCUUGAUUGUUGUAGGCAAAGAUUACUCACUUUUCCUUCCCUCCGUCCCUCCCCCCUCCCCCCUCCCCCUUUUCCGUCCGUUUAUCUUUUUCUUUUUUGCUUAUCAACACGACCCAGGGGAGUUCGGAUUAAAACUUACAAAAGCUAUUGUCAGCCUGGUUAAUUAUUGCUAUGUAUUGCUGGCGCACUAAAGAAAAACUUUCCUCGCGUUAGCAAAUUAAUUACAAUAUUGAUUUCAGGAAAAGAAAGAACAAGCUAGCACGUUCAGCGAUUUAUCUAUAAGGUUAACCGUCUCUGCGGGGGUUUCCAGUCUAGUUAUUCUCGAAGGAAAGAGCUUUCUGCCCAUUCAUGGCAACUUGUACUUUCAAGAUAUGAAAACAAACAAGUCAGUUUAGUUAUUUAUCCAUGAAGUUAAUGAUCUGCUACGGUGUUAAGUUAUUUCAUUUAACAUGACACAUGUCACAAAAAGUCGUAUUGUUUUCCUUACAACAGACAACUGUGCGGUUUAUCAACCCAUCGAGGUACUUGGAUCAUCUAGUGCGUCUGAAGAUUCUAUCCAUAACAGUUGUAUUAUGUCUUCUUCGAGUAUUCCUGUACCGGUGCAACGAGAUGACUCAGGUAUGUAAGAUACAAGCUUUGAGCAAAUACAUCGGCUUCUUGCUUGUUCAGGAACUUUGCGUCUAGAUGUCAGUUUUCCACUUCCAGGAAUAAAUCGAAUGUGCAUCGUCCGGCAUUAAAAUGUAAUCGAACGUAAAUUCUGAGGCUUAACUUUAAGUUCAGCAGACGAGUGUACUUUGUUGAAAAUUUCGGAAUUUACCGACGUUUACUUGUGUUGGGAUAGUGUCAUUUAUACCAGGAGAUAACAGGCUUGCAAACCUUUUAUAGCAACUGCGACCAGGUAUUUUUUCCUUCUUCUCUUUAUGUAGAUUCAGAGAUAAUAUAUUCGCUGAAUGAACAGACGUUUUUCAGUCGUGUUAAUUCAUUUCGGAUACCUGAGCGAUAAAUAUACGAAGUUAAUGUACCAAAUUAAAUUACAUGGAAUUAAUAUCAACGAAUGGCGUGAAUAAUAAACUGCCUUCAAAUUAAUUAACAAAAGUUAUCGGUUUUUAUCCUAAUUGAAAAGCAAUUUACUUUAGUACUGUUCAUUUUAACCUUGAUAUAAUUGUAAGGAAUUCAAACAGUAAAAAACUUCACCAGCAUCCGCCACAUACAUACGAACCUCGGCUCAAGGACCAGCAGGAUCCGAAAGCGGGUGUGUCGCGCGAGGUGGUCACGGGGUGUCUUUUCGUAGCCCCAAUCUUCCACACGCUUUACGCGCGCGUACACGGGAAGAGGAAGAAUAAACCAGCAGCAUAUUGAGGGAGGGGGAGGGGUGCUCUCGCCAAUUUAGGAUCGGUUUGAGCCGCGGAAGCCAUUAGUUUGCCUUGGCUGAGAGGACACCGCUCUUGGUAAACCCUGACUUUCUUCCAAUAAACUAUGCGGCAAUUCCUACCAACCUACUGGCGUGUAUACCGGCCCUAGGAUGCGUAAUGAUAUAUUUUCGUCUUUCCUGUUUACAGAAAGCAAGUCGAAAUUAGCCAAGGUUGCUUCCUCUCCCAGUCUUAGGCCAAGAGCGGGUUCUGCAAAAACGACAACGGUAAGAUCACGCCCAUUAGUGUAAAGUUUUAUAUUCACUUGAAAUCAGACAGAUAGGAUAUACUUGUGAACAAAUGGCUGUAACUGAACUCUGGUGCUGGUCAUGCUUUUUUAGUAACUUUCUUAUUGUGCUUUGUUUUUUUUUCAGUCUGGUUUAAUGCGAACCCAAAGUCUUUCUCCUUCCUCUCUGUCUUCUUCCCCGAAGACUUCCUUCUCACCCAAAAUUUCGCGGAGUAACACUAUGUCUGCAGCCACGAUUCGGCGCUCGUACCCUACAGCGACCGGGGGCGAAUCAGACAGGAAAGCAGUCGAUGGCGUCCGCAGUAUAGGCUUGGAAAGUAGUACAUCAGACGAUAGCGAUGUAGAGUCAAGCGACGCGUCGCUGACAAAACAAGCAAAAGAAUCGCGGAGGAAAAGUGACGAAUCUGACAGGAAAGGGGUUCAACUCAUUCCUGAAAAAGAAGGAAAGCGGCCGCUGUCCGCUCCUCGUCCUAACAAAACAGCCAUGCUUCGCGCACAUAACAGCAGAGAAGCGGUUAAGAACAGCGGCGUUAAAACCAAAACCCCGCCCACAGCGAAAUCCAGGACUGCGAAAAACUCACCGUCAAACAGCGCCGGAAGCGGAAAUAGCGUAGCGGCCAAUCAAAUAGGCGAUUCGCCGCCGGUAUCAAGGGUAUGGAGUCCCAGCGUAAGACGGUCGACCAAGUCUUCCUCCGGUGAUGAAAGCCUGGAUGUCGCGGAGACUGGUGUCAAACGUGAUGAAGUUGACGUCACACAGAAGGCGGUAGAUGACGUGUUUACCUCGGGUCCAGUUCUUCCAGAGUCUCUUCAGAUGAAGAGGGAUGAUCCUGUGAAUAAAACCUUUGUCCUCGGUAAGCCUGGCCCGCUUGUUCGGUUUCUUUUGAGAAAGAAAGGGGUCGAUGUGCAAAGGAAAUAGAAAAUAGAAAAGAAAUAAUGGACAAAGUUAUUUUAAACUUCAAGACGGUUAAAAGUGCUCUGGUAGCUAAGAGGUUUGUAAAGUUUUUAUCGCGCUCUCAAAAAACAACGUAUACUAAUGUUCCUUUUUUCGCUCUUUAAGACGAAGGCAAAGGUGACUCGCCAAUCACGUCUCCAGAAGAAUCGUCCAUGCAGGAUUGGGUCAGCAAAGUGUCCAACAGCAAAACCAUCACUGAAUCCAAAGAUGCUCUUGAAGAAAACACAGCGUCUACUACAGCAUCAGGCACAGAACCUGAGGAGAAAAAAAUAGCGUCCGCAAAAACCCAAGGCGUAAGCCUACGAAGCAAACUCAUUCCAUUCGCGCCUUUUAUCGAGUCGCCACCAUACACGCCCCCCGUUGCCGACCACCCAUUUGAACCUCCAAGUGAUUCUGCCGAUGACCUGUCCGGGGGAUCGCGUUGUUCAACAGGGGAGGGGAGGUCGAUGUCGCCUGAUUCAGUUGUGUCUGCGGCACCACCGUCCUCUCCCUCCCCUCCCUUAACUCCUAGUUCUGAGGCAAAGGCGAUGUUUGAUUUCAAAGGAGGAGCAGCGUCUUCCCAAAGUCGAAGACAAUGGGGUGUCACUGACAAGGUAUCUAUCUAUACGGUCAUAGCACUUGUCAUAACGGAAAUGUGUAAUAGAAAGGCUAACGCGCUGUGACACUUAUCAGAACCAGGGCUCGGUUCCUCGAAAGAUGGUUAACUGUAACCCAGAAUUAAGCCAACUUUUAAGGUUUUCUUGUCUAAGGACACGGCAGCUCGAGCAAAAAAAACACUGUUGAGCGUUUACUCCGAGAUACAGUAAUGAUAACGCAAAAUGUUCCUCUAAGCUAUAGGUAGGAAGGUAAAUUACAAAAACAGAACAAAAUUUUAAUCCUGGAUUAGUGCUAAUCGGCCUUUCAGGAACCGGGCCCUGGUGGACGCUCCAAGGUUAUAGGCCUCGGAUAUUGGCGUCCGUCGCAAAUACAAAGCUGAACAGACCUCGUUUUUUUUGUUUUUCAGCCUGUCGAAGACCUCAUGCUGUCGUCGAUACAUGCUUUCUCCGUGGAGCUGCGGCUGGCAUCCGAAUCAGUGCUAUCGAAAGUGAAGUACGUUGUAUAUAAAGAUAAAAAUAGGUUACUAUUUGUUGUUUUUCUGCCAACGACGUCGCGGCUGGUGCGUGAGAAAUUUACGAUGCAAAUAAGAACUGGCCGCAAGGGAGGAGAAAGCCCGCGCGCAAGGAGAGACUGAAAGGAAACUAUAUUCCCUCGUGAGUGUCCCUCUCUCGCGCGCGUUUUGUCUCGUGCCCCAUAUUUCUUAUGCGCUUGCCACGCACGCUUCGAUAAACGAACGCUCUCGUGUAGACAAAAAAUACUCUUUUGCAAGUAACCCGACUUCGAACACUUCCUUUCCUUGGUCGCAAUACUAAAACAAAUUUCCGCGAGGAAACUCGCGGGUACGGAGAAUAGCCUAGACUGAGAGCACAUGAUGGUCUCCUGCCUGGACCAAAGUAGGCGUGGUCUCGAUGGAACUAUUGCUGACUUAAAUGUCAAGGGUUCUCUGUCUGUUAUUUUGAUGCAAAUCGUACUAACCUGUCUAAAUGCUUGGAGUAAAAGUUGCUUGUUUGAUUUUAAAUUUAUGGUAGGACUUUAUAUGACGGCAGCGAGGAAGAACUGAACGGUACUGCUCGAUCAAGCAACAGUUCCGACAGCAAACAGGAAUCUCCGAGUGCUAUUCCGGAUUGGAAGAGCUCACACGCGGUAUGUGUUGCCCAAUCUGGGGAGAAUGUUGGAGAGGGGCAAAUAUUGGUUGUUUUUAAAUCAAAAUCCUAAUCCUAACCGGAUACUUACUGAGAACCGGAACUAGAACCCAGGACCUCCUAGUCUCCUUCACAGCAGACAGUACUAACUUUGACCCUGCUGAUUCAGUGUUUUUACUCUUGUAGGAGAUAGCAGGAAUAUUUCGUAAUUUGCGCAAAGUUGAGCUUCGCCUUCGCAGUGAGUAUUUAGUGCUUCUACUGUCAUCUUGUGCAGAUAUUUCACCCCUAAUUACCCCAAAUCCCAUGUCCAAAGAUUCGUGUUCGUUGCCGAAACGUCGCACGAUUUAUUGGCGAGUUUGAAUAUGCUAAGAUAUCUCACCAAUGUCACAGUCUUAGAAAGUAGUAGGUGUAAAUGAUGGUAAUUUCCCACUUCCGAAACUCAAGGGAGAAUAAGUACAUGCUUUGGAUGCAGUGAUUUCUGGGAUUGUUUAGGUGGACAAGCGUUAGUUAUGAUUGGUCGAUGGUAUUCAAGGCAACCGCCUAACCAAUCAUAAGUAACGAUUGUCCACCCAUAUGAUCCCAGAAAUCGUUGCGCCGAAAGCUUGUACUCAUUCUCUUUAUAGUUUCUGGAGUGAGGAAUUUACCUGAACACGGUUUGGCUCAUACAGAGUACAACAUAUCACCUGGACACUUAAUAACGCAUAACUCGAGCGUAAAGAGUACAUUUACUGUUCGAUGGUCUUGAGUGAGCCCAUCCAAACAGAAAAAUUUUGUCAUAAACUCGCGAGAUUCUCGCGCAGGGCGAACCGUUGCAUACUCUGCGAGUGGGUUUCCGUGUAGAGAGCAAAUAACGUGACCGCAAGUGUUUCAACGCGAAAUCCGUCACGAAAUCCCAACAAGGGAGCUGACUAUCUGAAAGUUCCGCAGUCUUGCUUAAAAUUACUUCAAAAAGUCUCAGUUUAUAAAGAGAUCGCAUGAGAUAUGUUUUUCUCGCCCUCUGAGUGCCACUGAUUUGUUUUUUUUAUUUUACAGCGAUGGAGCAAGCUUUGUCUAUUAUGUGUGUAGCUGCGCAGAAAGAACCUAAAAAGGUAAAGUACUUACCCCCCCCCCCCAGCAUUUACUUCCUUCUCCAACCAAUAGUAGGAAGUCCCCCUACUUUGCCAACCAACCCCCACCCCUCCCUCUCCCCCAUCGCGUGUCCCAAAGUGUUCAUGGCACAGUCAUCGCAACAGAAGUGUUGAACCCUUCAGACUCCCGCCGUCUGUCUACUUCGGCGGAUCUGCCAAGUUGUGUGCGGUGGUGAGAACCCCACGGUUUAGAAUUUAGCAUAUUAAUGUCAGAAUUUCAGUCCUUUUGGAUAAAGGCCGCGACGAGUUCCUCCUAAAUUUUAACCAUAAGCCGCAUGUGAUAGAAAUUGUAUGGCUCAUUCAUAUGCUCUGCCGCGCAGUUUUAUUAAAUCUUGUUCGUCGAAUGUUAACCCACUCUACUUUGUUCUUUUUCCAGUCUUUUCAGGAGAGAAAAAUAUCUAUGAUAGAAACCUCCAGCCUCGGUAAGUAAUCCCGCCACUUCCUAAGAAUCUUAGCCUGAGAAAACAGCCUCUAUUUCGCGACGCCAGCACCGGUUCCCAGCGAAAUGACGUCUGAGAUUCCAUACUGAUGACGCGUCGCUACCAAGAUCUGGGUAGUGCUUCUGAUUGGUUGAAGCAAAUUUUUAGCCAAUCAGAUGCACUGCCACUGUCGCGUCAUCAGUAUGGAAUUUCUGCGCUAGUUUCUUAGGCGUCAUUUCGUGGGGAAGCCAGUACAGGCUACAAGAAUCGCUACCAACGCGUAAAAAAGUCCAGAGACCUAACUAAUUGCAGCGACCAUAGAGAUCAUCAGCGAUAGCUGUGAUAACGAUCGCUCGAAGUUCUUUUAUUGUAAACGCUGCCAUCAAUAAACUCCUUUUUUUGCAAUCCUAGUGACCAUAGCGACCACAUAGAGCUAAAGUUUAUCUCAACAAUCGUUAUCUCAAAGGCAGACUUUGCGAUCGUUGAUGUUUUGUUUCUAUAGUAACCAUUUUCAGCGACAACGAUCAUGGGGAAACCUGGUUGUCACAUAUUCAGACGCACUGGCCUGUUUAUUUUUAUUAUGCUACUCUCUCUUUCAGGCUUGGGUCAAAAAUGGAGAGAGUUUAAAAUCAAAGCUCGGCGGAAUUCGUGGGCAGUCGAACACAGAAACCAAUUUCCAGUCCCACCCGCCGAAUCUGAUGAAGAAGACGAGGACACUUCGUGAUUACCUAAUAUCAUGCACGGCGUGCCUUGUUGAUAUGAAGAUACAACCACAAAGCCCUGAAUGAAUCUGCAAUCUGGCGCUAGAAGAUCCGAAACUCUGGGUAAAAAUAGAGUUCGAGAACUUACGUCAUUUGGAGAUCUAUUACUCAGAAACCUUGCUCCUUUGGAUUUUACAUUCAAAGGAAUCAAACUAUUCAGUUUACAAAACAGUACCUCACCAAAUACUGUUCAGUAGAUUUCAUUAGACACAAAGAUCUUUUUUUUCAACCGGGUUGAUACAAAUGAACGACACAAUUUUGAACAGUGCAAACAGCGCGGCAUCCCAUUGCACAUUGACCAAUUUGACAAAAAAUGUUUAAUUGCUUCUAUUUACCUCGACGCAUCGCGUAAGCAGGAAGUAGUUCUGUUAGUUUUAUGUUCCAGAACAAAAUUAUUUUCGAUGAAAUACAGCAUGAAGUGUUUUUUAUAUAUAUUCU